CGCCUCGUUUUAUUUUGAAAGCAGACACCGGAAGGCGGCUCGCUCGCUGGUCAGUAGUCUGCAGAGGAGAGGGCGUCUGAUCACAACAACAUUUUCUUUUUUUGUCUUUCUGUCUGGACUGUGUAUGUGUCGGGCUCGCAGCACUGAUCUAGCCGAGGAGCUUGUCCUGUCUCCUGGUCCGUCCGUGAGCUCGGUGGUGAUGGUGGCCUUGGCGAUGAUACAUGUGUGAGGAGAAAGCCCCCCGUGGUCCUCUUGCUGCACCACACACACUUCCACAUGGAUUCCAGCAAUGACGACGCACUUGAUAUUAUCAUCACCAACGUGGUGGCAACUUUCAGGACCAGGUGCCACCUCAACCUGCGCACCAUCGCCUUAGAGGGGAUCAAUGUCAUUUAUAAGCCAGAACUAGGGAAAGUCCUAAUGAAGCUUCGUAAGCCCAAGAUAACAGCUUCCAUCUGGUCAUCAGGGAAAAUCAUCUGCACUGGAGCGACAAGUGAGGACGAGGCGAAGCUGGGCGCUCGCAGGUUGGCGCGCUGUCUGCAGAAACUGGGCUUCAAGGUGAGGUUUUCAGCCUUCAAAGUUGUGAAUGUGCUGGCGGUGUGCUCCAUGCCGUUUGCAGUCCACCUCAUAGACUUCACUAAGAACAACCGACCCAUUGCCAGUUAUGAACCAGAGCUCCAUCCUGCUGCCAUGUACAGGAUCAAACAUCUCAAGGCCACUGUACAGGUGUUCUCUACUGGCAGCGUCACAGUUACAGGACCAAACGUGCAGAAUGUGGCCACAGCUGUUGAGCAGAUCUACCCACUUCUGUUCGAGUGUCGGAAACCCCUCUGCAAAAGUUAAAAGACUGAAGAAACGAAGGGAUCGAGAAGUUGCAUCUAAUUUGUUCGUUACAAGUGAUGAAGCACCUUAUCCUCGGAUUUAUUUGCUCGAUUUUUAUCGUUCCACGGCAACGGCCGCAAACUUCUAACGCGUCCAAAGGACUGGAUGUCAUCUGGAUUUUUAAUAACCCCCUACUCGGAGUCCUAAAACUUCCCUCUCACAAAAUGUCAUUGUUGUGGAUUGUGUGGCUCUUGUGAUUUUAACAGCCUAAACUUGCAAGUAACUUCACCAGAAACUGCUCAUCCAGACACUGAAAGGGAGGGGUGGAAGUUGUUCGCUUUUUAUUUGCUCUGAGCGUUUUUGCAUGGACACAGAAAGUGAAAGAGUUCUCAACCAUUUAACCAUUUUAAUGCUUAACAGUUGGUGACCGUCGCAAAGAAUCAAUAUGUUAACACUGAGAACCCUCACCUUUUUAAAUCUAGAGACAACAAGACGUCCCAUUUGCCACUUCCUCUGGAAGAAUCUCCGUCCAUGGCUCGUUUGUACACGUUAACACAAACACAAGGCAUCAGCAAUAGUUAACGCCCAAAGAGAAAACACAGCAGUCGAACCAUUGAGGCUGUGUCUGGACUGUUACACACGUUCACAAAAUCAGAGCAGGUCCUUUAUGCAGAUACAUGUUCAUACAUUAUGCAUUAAUCUCAUUCAUGAUUUUCAUUGUUGCUUUCUCACUUUUCUCUCAGUUCUCUAUAAAUUUGUUCUUGUUUCUCAGCUGUGGCACUGGAUCAGAAUUUAAUUUCUUGUCAUUUCCUAAUAAUAGUUUCAAACAACCAAGUUUUCCUUGUGUUUGAAAUGUUUUAUGGUUUUUUUUCUAGUCUGGGACAAUGUACAGAACGAAACUGAUGUCGUAAAUGUUUUGGAAUGUAAUGAAAAACUUUUGAAAGGUUCAGGUAUUUUUUUUUUUUUUCUUCAGGUGUUGUUGAGCUAUAGACCCCCCUCAUUCACUUUCAUUUGACACUACUGGUUAGUCCCAGAUAUUCAAAAUGAGCUGUUUAGCAGGCGGAUGACUUUAAAACACUGUUAAAACUGCACUGUAAAUGCACGGGACAAACAGAAACAGAUGGGUUGUAAAUGUUCAAGUGAAGAACUCAUAAUUGCAAAAGCAAGCCACUCAAAAGUUGUGUGGCAGUGCACUUCUCGUCGUCACCGGCCAUGACGUUUGGCGAUAUCAUGCGUGUGAGUUUUCGAAGCGACGUUAGACCAUGAACAGUGUUCAUUCAUUCAAAGAGGCCACGCUUGCAGCAUUAACCAGUACCUGAAUUGUCUGAAAAAAAAAAACUUGGUAGAAUAUCAUUCAGUUUAACAACAAAAAACAACAGUGAGUGUUUUUAUCAGGAACUCAGUGAAGGGUAAUCUAUAUCUAUGUAUAUAAUAAAGUCCUCUGAUGGAAAAGA